UAGAUCGGGCGAAUCCCAUUCACAUACGAUAAGAGAAUCGUGUCCUCAUUCGAAGCAAGGCUUAAAGACAGAUAUUGUGUUUUCUGUUUACAACGGAAAGACGUUGAGCGAUACGGGCCGAGUUGACUGCUUUUCAUACUUUGACGAAGCGAGAUUACAAAAAUUAGGAUCCAACGCAUGUUGCGGAAAGUACGGAUUUUAUGUGAAGUUUUUGAAAAGAAUACUCCAACAUUUGAGCAUGACCUCUUUGCUUGAGUGCAUGUUGUGAAACAGCGGAGGUUUGUUCCAUCACCCAAAAACAUCCGUCCGUCUGUCUGUGUGUCUGAAGACUAUGUCGACGUCGAGUGGUGUGUCUGAUUCGGAGGACAGUGGUCGAGAACAAUACGAACCUAUACAUAGACUUGCUAUGAUUCGAGUUCAGCCCCCAAGGAACCCAAACAAACCAUUUACGUCAUUUAGCAUCAAAGACAUUCUCGGGUCCUCCACACCCCACUCUGUCCGCACGUGUACCGUAAAUGGGGCAAAAAUCGUGCGGCCAUGGGACAGUGGUGUCAGUCACGACAGUGACAACUCCAGCGACGGUGAGGAAGAAAUUAAUGUUGAUGAUGACGACCCCCCAGCCUCCGUCAAAUCCAUCGUCUCCCCUUUAGACGCCCUCAUGGAAAUGGCCAAUAAGACGUUUCAGGGCUUAGAAACACCCGAAUCUGCAGAUGCCAAACGGAGAGAGCAGGCGGCGUUAUUUGGAAAACACCAACCCCCGAAAAAGCGCCGAAAAUCUCGUACUGCUUUUACGAAUCAACAAAUAUAUGAACUUGAAAAGCGUUUUCUGUAUCAAAAGUAUCUUACACCGGCGGACAGAGAUGAAAUCGCUCAAUCCUUAGGACUUACGAACGCUCAGGUUAUCACGUGGUUUCAAAACAGACGAGCUAAGCUCAAACGUGAUUUGGAAGAAUUAAAAAACGAUGUAACAGCGGCGAAGAAAGUGACCAUAUUAGGUAAACUUAACCCCACAAUAACAGAACUUGAAUAUAUCAAAUCUCAAACAAACGGACUGAACAAGUUAGACAUGCAUUCAAGGUGCCAUCGACGGGAUCACCAGACAUCAUCGAGCCCUGAACACUCUCCUGUUAAUAGUCCUUCAAAAUCGAGUGAGGACCCAAUGGAGGAGGACCAAGCAGACGAUUCACCUGCGGAGCAGACGACGUGAAAAUAUAAAUGCGCGUGGUUACCAUGGAUACCACGUUUGGAUAGGACUAUCGCUGAGAAAUAUAGCGCCCUCUUCAGCUACAGAAUGAUGGAUUCUGACAAUGUAACACAUUCGAAACGUCUACUGCUGCUAGCUUUACAUGUGUAUUAAUGGAGUCAGUAUUGUUAGUUUCGUAUUCAUUGACCAGAUUGUUGCAUCAUCACACACGAUUCUCCACCUUCAUCUUAAGACAGACACUGUCAUUAAAUUGCUUGGAGUACUUCCAUUAUAAUUUGUGCAAUAUAGUGCUCGCAUGAACGGCAGUGCCUUCUGUUUAAGGAGUUUAAACGAAGAAAAAACUGUUUUUGUCAACGUGACAAUCAUGACAAAAUGAGUUCUGAAGACCACAGUAUGUACUGCGCAUGACCGGACACUGUCAUCACGCAUCAAAUCAUACUUGUUGAAAUGUACUGACAGACAUUUCAUUAAAUGUUGUCCAUAUCAAAGGUCCCAAGACAUACUAAAGGUGUUAAUAUACUAUGACUGCAUGCUUUAGCAUGUGUGAAUAUAUUGUAUAAAUGUUCAAUUGUAAAUUGACUUUAAAGUAAUCUGUGGAGUUUUUCUUCGUGGAUCUCCGUCUUCUGUGAUCUGUGAACUAUUUAACAUGCAUGUGAGCGAGACACAGAUGUCAUUAAUAUAAUGUAUAAUGAUUACUCUUUGAUUUAUUAUAAGUCAAUACUUGAA